AUGAAAGCUCACUCUGAAUGCGUUUCUCCUCCGAAGUAUAAAAUUUUGAGGAAGGAGAACGGAUCUACCAACGUCAGACGGGACAACAACAACAACAACCGCUCUCCGGUGAAUGCUGACCACAUCCCGCCCAUCAACACCUUCCAAAGGGCCUCACAGAUGCUGCAGGACCUGGACGCCAUCGCCAGACAGGAACUCCAGCAGAAGAAUCCCAAACUCUAUGAGAUGAUGGAUGGCAAAGGAACCCACGGGCUCUGCAGAGAGGUUCUCACUCCACAUCACCAGCUUGCCCUGACCACCGGCAACGGAGACGAUGCUCACUUGAUCAGGCAGACGUUGGCUGAGAAGUUUGUUCGAGGAGAUGUGGUCAAAGGGAUGAAGAUGUCACUGAUGGCGUCCAAUCCAGAGAUUUCCCAGAGACUGAUCAGGCAUGCAGGACUCCCCCCGCGAGGCAGAAGACGUGACGUGAUCUCCAAAGAGGCAACUCGGCAUUACCAUCACAUCGGAGACAAACUGCUGGUGGAAAAAUACUCUGAGAUGGGAGUGAUCGACCGGCAGGGAAAAGAAAGACUCAACAGUUGGUUGAAUGAAGGAAAACUUUUCUCUACCAACACACCAGAAUAUCACGAGCUGCUCAACAACCUCAGAGAGUUGAAAAAGAGUCGGGAAAACAGAUGAGUUUGACACAAAACCACUGCAGAGAUACAUUAUCACCACAAAGACACAAAACAACUGUUAGGAUUUUUUAAAAAUUAUUUCUAUUCAACAUACUUAAUAGUGAUAUACACACUGCAUUAUGUGCUACAUAAAAAGUUGUGUUGACCUGUGAAUGAAUGAGAGGUUCUCAAGCAGCUGCUCCACUGAACAGUAACAAAGAUGAAUAGUACCAGGUCAAACAGAGAGCAAGUACAUCCACUUACAGUCAAGACACAUCAGAUGCGCAAAAAUGCACUGCAGACACACAAACCCAUGCACGCUCACUGCACACUUACACACACAUACUCAAUAAUCAAGGCCACCUUAAGACAUAACAUCAUGUGAAGAACAUAAAACUGAUAAAAAAAUACUUGAGACCGGAGACACACAGUCACCCACAUUAAAAUAAUGAUACCACAAGACUGAGAAAGUAGACGAUAGCUAAUGCAUAUGACUGUGAUAAUGGACCAUGGUUAAUCAUGAAGACCUAAAGACACAAAUAUACACGUCAUUCAUAAUAGAGAGGGUUUCUCUUUCCGUACCUGGAACUGAUGGAUUGGAGGAUCAUAUGGUGAGAGGCUAUAGACCAGCCUGUCCACCAGUGAGAGAGAGUAAGUCUAAACCACAGCCCUUCUCCAACAGUUUUUGACCAAUGAGAUUGUUGCACAUUUUCACAAAUACACUCUGUACACUGUGAUUUUCAGCCAUUACUGGGAAGACACCUUCAGGUUAGCACCUCUGUUUAACUCUAGUCCUCUGAACAGUAAUGGUCCUUGAUCAAGCUACUUGAUGCAGUAUAAACAACCUCAACUGAGAGAAGUUGCCUGUCUUCGCUCUCUAAAAUGAACUCACUCAACAGGUUUCUCAUUUUAGUCAUUUCUGUCUCUCAAGAACGUUCAAAUGUUCUGCUUUAUAUAGACACAAAGCAUGGCAACAAAAACUGUGUCUUUGAAUAAAAAGCACGACUUUCAUUAGUGGAUCACUGAAAUGACCCAAUACUCAAAAGGUAUUAUGCAUUUUUAUGGGACGACUCAGUUUUAAGGGUUAGUAUGGUAUUCCCUAUGUGUUUAGUA